AUAACAGAACCUGCUUUACUUUCUUUGUCUUCUUGUUCCCCACCGCCAUUCUCAAAGUCAUCAAAACCACUAGUUUACUUCCAUCUCUCCCCUUCUUCAUCAAUCAAUCUCUCUCUCUCUCUCCCACUCUCACACAUUCAUCUACAGAGAGAUGGAGAUGGUCUGCAUGACAUAUGACAUGUUCUAAUCCAACAUCUCCUCCAGCACUAUUCUGUAGGAGUUUUUGAUACUAAACCCACUUAACUUGGACCUUAAAGUUUGCAUCUUUACAAAAAUCAAGAAAUGGGAACAUCAAGAACUAAAGAAAAAUCUACAUUAUCCACAGUUUGUUUCAUUAUUCUCACUCUUUCAAAUGUUUUUCAGCCUACCAUUUAUGUUAGUGAUGCUGCUGCAACACAACCAAUUAAAACAAUUGUUGUGUUAGUACUGGAGAACAGAUCUUUUGAUCAUAUGCUUGGUUGGAUGAAAACCUCAGUAAAUCCCAGGAUCAAUGGUGUCACAGGGAAAGAAUGCAACUCCAUUUCGACAAAGCAGAAAGGCGAAAAAGCAGGAACAAUCUGCUAUACUAAUGAUGCUGAGUAUGUGGAUCCAGAUCCUGGUCACACAUUUGAAGCUGUUGAGCAACAGGUAUUUGGUUCUGGCUCCAUUCCUUCAAUGUCUGGUUUUGUUGAACAAGCCUUGUCAGUGUCACAGAAUUUGUCACAGACAGUUAUGAAAGGUUUUAAGCCUCAGAGUUUGCCUGUUUUUGCAUCAUUAGUACGCGAAUUCGCGGUUUUUGAUAGAUGGUUUUCUUCGAUUCCUGGUCCAACUCAGCCUAAUAGGUUGUUUGUGUACUCUGCUACUUCUCAUGGAUCAACAAGCCAUGUGAAGAAGCAAUUAGCUUCAGGGUACCCUCAGCAUACAAUUUUUGAUUCCCUGUUUGCUGACAAUAAGGAGUUUGGGAUUUACUAUCAAAAUAUACCUACCACUCUUUUCUAUAGAAAUUUGAGGAAAUUGAAGUACAUAUUUAAGUUCCAUGAUUACGAUUUGAAGUUCAAGAAAGAUGCUAAAAGUGGGAACUUGCCUAGCUUGACAGUGAUAGAGCCGAGGUACUUUGAUUUAAAGGGUAAUUCAGCUAAUGAUGAUCAUCCCUCGCAUGAUGUGGCUAAUGGACAGAAACUGGUGAAGGAAGUUUAUGAAGCAUUAAGGUCGAGUCCUCAGUGGAAUGAGACACUUUUGGUCAUUACUUACGAUGAGCAUGGUGGAUUUUAUGAUCAUGUCCAAACUCCAUAUGUUAAUGUUCCUAGUCCUGAUGGCAAUACAGGUCCUGCACCUUCUUUCUUUAAGUUUGAUCGGCUUGGUGUUCGUGUUCCAACAAUCAUGGUGUCUCCUUGGAUCAAGAAAGGAACCGUGAUAAGCAGGCCAAAAGGACCAACUCCGAACUCUGAGUUUGAGCACUCUUCAAUCCCAGCUACCAUAAAGAAAAUGUUCAGCCUCUCUUCCAACUUUUUGACACACAGAGAUGCUUGGGCUGGCACAUUUGAAGCGGUUGUUGGCGAAUUAACCUCUCCUAGAACUGAUUGCCCCGUGAUCUUGCCAGACGUGACACCUUUAAGAACCACAGAGGCAGAUGAAGAUAGGCAUUUAUCAGAGUUUCAAAGUGAAAUAGUCCAACUGGCUGGUGUUCUUAAUGGUGACCACUUCUUAAGCAGCUUCCCUAAUGAAAUGAGCAGCAAGAUGACUGUGAGAGAAGCUCACUACUAUGUAAAAGGUGCCAUAUCAAGGUUCUUAGCAGCAAGUAAGGAUGCCAUCAACUUGGGUGCUGAUGAAUCUGCCAUUGUAGAUAUGAGGUCUUCCCUCACUACCAGAUCCUCGGUUCAUCAUUGAUGAAUACAGAAGAAGUUUUGUGUAUUAAUAUAGUGUCCAGCCUUUUUGUUUUCUUAUCUUUCUUGGUUGAUUCCUCUUCAUUGUUCACUAGAAUCGAUAUCCUAUAUUAAUCUCUAAAAGAGCUUGGAAUGUAAAAUUAGAAAGAGCUAAUUUGGUUGUUGUCAUGUGCCAAGCUCCAACAAGUGUGUUUUUGGCUCAUCUAAACAAAAGUUGAGCAUUUUAGUCUAUGGAUUAUAAGCUUAAUAGUGUA